ACAAAAGGCGAUUUCACAUAAAUUGUCUCUGGUCACACCAUAACAUCUGAGAAAAACAUUUAAUCCAAAAUAUAAAAUUUAAUUCAUUUAGUGGAGUCCACAAAAAAUGGACAAUUUUGUAAAGACCCUCAUCGAAGAAGUCAAAUCGCAGGGAGUCUUUGAUGAGUUUCGUUUCAAUUGCUGCCUGGCAGAUGUGGACACAAAGCCUGCAUACCAGAAUGUACGAAAUCGUGUGGAGACUGCUGUAAAUGAAUUUCUGGGCAAACAACAUUGGACGCCCGAUACAAACAAAGUGCAGCUGAGGGAAAGACUUCGAAAACAUUUGCUAGAUUCCGAUGUGCUGGAUAAGGGCGUAGAUCAUAUAGUGGAUCAAGUGGUCAACCCAAAGGUAGCCACGAUAUUUGAGCCCAAAAUCGAGAGUAUUGCUUAUAAAUACUUAGGCAUUACCCCACCACCACCACCCACAAACCCUCCGCCACGUCCGCCGUUGUUGCCAGCGCCGCCCUUGCCGCCCUACACUGGCCAUGGCCUUGGCCAUAUGAAUGGUGGCAGUCUACUUAAGGUGGAGACAACCGCUAGCCUCUUACCCACAGAUUUGGAGCAGAUCAGUCCAGAUUCUGAUCGCGCAACUGUCAAGUCUGAUGCUAAAGAUGACAGCAAAGACGAUGAGCUGCCACCUGGAGUAGAUAUGGAUGAUAUUCUCGAUGAGGAUGAUGCUACUUCACCUGCAUUUGAGCCGGCCAGCAGCAUUAAGGAAGACACAAACAAUGCAUCCUUAAACACAUCCGAUUCGGUCAAGGAUGUCAAGGAGUUAGCCAAUGACUCGCGAGACGCUGGCGCCUCGCAAGCCUCACAACUGUCGCAGGUAUCUAGCGAUAGUCGCCUCACCAUUGCUUCUACAGACGCACCGCAGCAGUCGUCCACCAACAACAGCGUCCAGUUGACGACGAACAUUGCUGCAAGCAUGUCCGAGGAAGCGCAAAUGCCCAAGUUCAAUGAGAACUCGAGCGAUGCAAGCGACAACAGUGGUCGACAGUUGCAUUUUGAUAUCAAGCAGGAUGCCAUCACAUUCGAGGGAACUGAACGCAGAAAUUCGCUCUCAGAUUGCUCGAAUGGUGGAACGCGCGCGCUUUCCAUUGAGGAUGCCAUCAUGAGCGAGGUGAAAGCCAAUAUAAAUGAUGUCAGCGAUAAUCUCAUAGAGACAAAACCAAAGUCGUCGCCAGAGCCCAUUAAAUCCGAGAGCAAUUUUGGUCUGUUUACGGAAUCAAAACACAAUUCGCAGCCAAUGGUAGCCAAAGAAGAUGCAACGCCUCAGCUCCCUUCAUUACCGCAAGAGCCGCUAGUGCCAGAAAUAAAACCAGAAUUGCCGCCUACAGAAGAUGCAAAGACAGAAGAGCCUGAACCAACGGCUACAACUCCAAUUUUAUUGGAUGACAUUAAAGAUGAGAUUACCAAAUCUAUCGAAUUGACUGCAUCGCCUGCCUCCGCUUCCUCGUCUUCGCAAACGAAGAAGCCAUCGCACUCAAGGGACAAGGAUAGACGUCAGCAUUCACAAUCACACACACGCUCAGAUGACAAACAGCGGCGAAAGUCUCGGGAACGUGAGCGUGAUCAUGAUAAGUCACGCAGCAAGACAUCUUCCAGCUCGAAACACUCCUCGUCCCAUUCAACGCAUUCAUCCAGUUCUAAGCAUCGAAGCAGCAGUACAAAAAAUGACAAGAGCUCCACUACAAGCACGUCAAGCCGAAGCAAUCAUGACUCCACCUCCUCCUCUAAACGUUCCUCAACACGUCACGAAUCCUCCUCAUCCACGCACAAAAAACACAAAUCCAGUUCAUCUGGGUCGCGCUCGGAUCGCGAUCGGGACAGAAGUCGUGAUAGCAGGGAAACCCACAGUCAUAGCCAUCACAGUCGUAGCCACAACGGUAGCGGUAGCUCGUCGUCCAACUCAAAACGUGAACGUGAACGAGAUCGUGAUCGUGAACGAGAUCGCAACAAGUCCAGCUCCAAUUCCACUUCCAAUUCCGCCUCCAAUUCUAUAGCAGCAGUAAUCCAAGACGAUCAUAACGAAGUCAAAGCAAAGCUACAAAAACGACAUAGCAAUGACUCGAAUGAUGAGCCACCUGGCAGCUCCAGUAAAUCCCAAGCGGACACAGCUGAUAGUAGAACUAAAGAGAAUACCACAGAAACAACAGUUCAAAAUGGAAGCAAGCCAGCAGAGAGUAAUGGUACAAACGGCACCAAUGGGACACCGAGUAACAAUGAUUCGGCUGAUCUGGUACCUGCCACCAAUGUGGUCAUCAUUAGCGACAUGCUGCAAGAAUCGACGGUCAGCUUCAUUGAACUGAACGGCGCAGGCGUAGCGCAAAGACCAACGGAAGACUGUACCAAGCCCGAAGCGACCGAAAGUGAGGCAAAGCAAGCGGCUGAGCUACCGCUGACAUCAAAAUGUAUAGCGCCUACAGUCAAGUCACCAGAGCCAAUUGUAGAGCCGGCUACAGCAGUGGAGCCAGUAACAGAACCAGUUGACCCACAAACUGAGGUUGCAAAGGAACCAACAGAGACCGAAAGCAUUAAGGAAAUACCUGAAGAGGUUUGCCCGCGGCCUGAAGAUAAAACGGCAGCAGUUGUUACUGACGUUCCUAAUGUUGCUGAUGUUGCUGAUGUUCCUGUUGUUGCUGAUGUUACUGCUGUUACUGAGCCACAAAAUGUAGAGCCCAUUAAGGAAGCCAUAAGCUCAGAGGAUGUGUCUGAGGUGAAAGUAGUUGGCGACAGUAUUACACAUUUCGAGGAGGAUGCUGAGCAGUUUAAAGUGCGUCUGGAGCUGAUUGAGCAACAUAUUAAGGAUCGACGCCAGUUGGUCAACGUUUUAAGUGAGCUCGGGGAGACAAGUUGUCCGCGUCGCAGCCUAAGUAAGCGGCGUCUCAGUAGCGAGGCAUCCUCUUCCAAAGACCAACAUAAUGCCAGCAGCAGUGGCAGCAGCAGCUCAGGCAGUCCCAAUGCCAAAGCUAAAAGAACGCGUCGCGAUGAUGCAAAGACAUCGCCCACACCAUCCGAGAUUAGCGUCAAUUCCAAGGAAAACGAAGAGCUCGAAAAGGGUGAUUUGUCGGGCAGACGUCUCAGCCAGAAGCUGUGCCAGCAGCAGCGCUAUACGAAUGAUGAUCUCUAUAAGCCCCGACCACUCUUAUCGCAGCGUUCGCGUCGUCGUGGCCUGGAUUCAAUCCUCUAGCUUGUGCUUCACACACUAAAGUCGCGAAUCAAAUCAAAUAUAAAUAUGUAAAAACAAAACAUAAUUGAUAAUAA